UUGGAUGUAGAAUAAGCUGGUUGGCUCCAGUUCUCUUUGAACUCAUUUACAGACUGGGGCAUGGACUUUGAAACUCUUUGAAUUAGACCAGAUCUGUGGUUGAAGUCUGUAGCUGCAAAAAAGGUUCUCUGGAUGAAAGUCCUAGAUGCAAGUAUCAAGACUUGUGUGCCCAUGAUGAGUUCUGGAUACGAGGUCUGAUAUACCUUCAGGCCUGGAGUCUUGCAACCCUGCGAAGACCUGCCAACGCCUCCAAGCAGACACAACCCAGCCUCCCUGUCGAUGAUAGCUUGAUAGAAAACUGCUGAGGACUCUGGGCGGAAGACCUUUGUUGACCUGCAAAAACCUGCAGAGACUGACCUCGGGAGUGUCCAAGGCUGUACUGACUGGCGUCAGACCUAUCCGGCUGAUGUGAAUGCAUGGUGUAGACUGGCAUCAAGAGUUGUGGACAAACUUGCGGCAGACCCUUUCUGAGGUCUCUUUGAGACCUUGUGAGGGUUCUCGGUGCAAGGCCUUUGCUGGCAUGAAGCCUGUACAAGAUGUUCUACCUCAGCCCUCACACCUAUGUAAUCUUAGUAACAAUAGGAACAGGUGAUUCUUGCCAGGAGAAUAUGUGAGGUAUCAUUAUUCUUUCAUAGAUGGAAACAUGCCUCGGAAUCUCACAGCGAGUCUUGCUGUAAUAACUCACAUGUUUUAGCUCACUUUGUGCUUGAAAGAACUCUUCGUGUCGACCAGUGACUCCUUUUUCACCAGCAGGGAACAAGGAUUACGUGUGAAUAUCUAAGGUGCCAUGAUUCUGUCACAGACAAAGCCAUGGUUUUGACAUAUAGCGAUGACUUAUCUUGCCGGGAUACUCUGAUAUUUUGUGCUGAAACUUCUUCAUGCAGUGGAAGUGUGGUGUGACUGUUGAUUCCGUGGAUCAGCUGUGUCUUGCAUUAUGGUACUGACUGAACAGUGCUGAAAGUACAGAAUCAUUGAUGAUGCAAGGAGAGUGAACUGCACUUGUCUACCCUUUCUAUACGCCCUAUUAUGCUGAUAGACUAGCUGGCCUCGGGUUGUGUCUCCAUUGCACUUCCAAACAAAUACAAACUGAUAGAUUUAUUGAUUUUGAAGAAAUCUGUUCUAGGAAUUAUUUGAUUCUCUAUGUGAAAUUGAAUUGGAUGACAUGGUCUUGUGUUGGCAAUGUGUAUGUUGCAGCGUAGCAUUCUGGGAAAAAGUGGAGGAACCUCAGCCGAUUUGGUAAACCUGUCUCCUCGAUAGAAGUCAGUGAGGACAACAUGCCUUGAAAUUAGACGACUUCUGUAAUGCAUCAAGUUAUUUCAAACGAAAAGUUAGUGGAAGUCUGUUUGCAGGAACGACUGGUCCAUAAUGCAGCGAAUACGAGCUCCAUGAUUCGUUAGUUUCUCAGCCAAUCAAAAUGCAUCGUGUUGCAAGUUUGUUCUCGUUCAAGAAGUAUCGGCAGCCGAAACCGAGGAAGAUGUCAAGACGCAGCCUCAGUUUCACUUUUGGAUUUAGAGAAACGCGGGUGCUAACCGAGAUGGGGGAGGGGGCAGUGUCAAGGAAGAGUGCACUUGCACCCCUCAGGCCAGAGAGUGGGCAGACACCCUUCUACUCAAAGUCGGGUAUCCUCCCAAUCUACGACAGCACGGAGAGCUUGGACUCAAACAAAAGAGCAUCGGCGACAAUCAAGAUCAAACACUUACACAGGUUAUGUGAUCUGAGCCGGUUCCCCAAGCUGGAUGACUGUGCCCACUUCCACUAUGACCAAGUGGAGCUCCUCGAAAUCAAGGUUGCCUUGACGACAGAGAACCAAGAGAACAUUCAUCUGCAUUCCUCUGAAACGGAGAAUGAUCCCACAUUUCAUGUUAACGUCAGCUCCGGCGGGAAACUCUGGAUGGUGCGGAGAACGUACGAGAACUUCCGAUUACUCGACAAGCAGCUCCAUAAGUGUAUCUUUGACCGCAAGUUCAGCCAGCUGCCUGAGAUUCCUAAAGGGGACGUCUGGGUGUCUGAGGGGAUGGAGUGUUUACAAACGAAGCUUGCCGACUACCUGAUGCGGUUUACGGCGAUUGCUGGGAACAUGAUCAACUGUGGACCAAUACUUAACUGGCUGGAGAUGGAUAACCGUGGCAACCGUCUGAUGGUAACCCAAGAAUCGGCCAUCAACACGCCAGCCAUCGCCGCGGCUCAUGUGGUCAAACGAUACAACGCCAGGGCGCAGGAUGAAAUAUCAUUUGAGGUGGGUGACAUCAUCUCGGUGAUCGACAUGCCGCCGCCAGAGGACACGAUGUGGUGGAGAGGAAAACGAGGAUUUGAGGUUGGAUUCUUCCCGUGUGAAUGUGUUGAAAUCAUUGGUGACCAGGUACCACAAGCCAUGGUGUCACGCAUCCCACAGACGCCAGGAAAGCCAGGAGAGGUCCUCGCACCUACAGGGUCUAAGAGAGCUAAACUUGACGAAGAGAGAAUUUUACGAAAGCGAGGGAAGUUGAUCUCAUUUCUCCGGAUGUUCUUCUCCACGCGACCAAACCGUAACCUGCUCAAACAGAGCGGCAUAUUCAAGGAGAGGGUGUUUGGCUGCGACCUUGGUGAACACUUACUUAAUACCAGCCAAAACGUUCCAUUGGUGCUAAAAUGCUGCUCCGAGGCCAUCGAGGAGUUUGGGGUCGUCGAUGGUAUCUACCGGCUGUCUGGCGUCUCGUCUAAUAUACAACGACUAAGAUUAGCGUUUGAUGAGAACCGGGAACCUGACCUGACGGCCGAGGAAUACCAGCAAGACAUUCAUUGUAUUAGUUCGCUACUUAAGAUGUAUUUCCGGGAGCUUCCAAACCCACUCCUCACCUAUCAACUGUAUGAUAAAUUUGCUAACGCGGUGCAGGAUGAGGGAGAUAAAGUGAUGGCACUCCACGAUGUCGUCAGACAACUGCCUCCGCCUCAUUAUAGGACUAGUCAAUACUUAUUCCGCCAUCUUGCCACUGUCGCUGCGUCUGGUGCUGAUACGGGAAUGCAUCCUAAAAAUCUCGCAAUCGUUUGGGCACCAAAUCUGCUCCGGUCCAAGGAGUUGGAAUCGGGUGGUGGUGCUGCGGCUCUACAGGGUGUUGGUCUCCAGGCAGUCGUGACUGAGUUCCUCAUACGUUACGCUGACUUGAUAUUCAGUGAUAAAAUGCCAGCUUUCUCUGUCGGUGAUAAACCUGUCGGCCAGAAGCGAGCACGUCCAAAAUCUCUCGCCAUCUCCACACCAACCAAACUUCUCUCGCUGGAGGAGGCCCGGGAACGUGCCCUGGGGACAGGCAACUCGCCACCAAACUCACAGAAGUUUAUAGAAGUUGGUGGCGGGCCUUCGAAUCUGCCGGAGAAAUACCACACGGUCAUUGAGGUGCCAGGGAGGGAUCCGUCACCAGAGGGCAGUAGAAAACGCUCGAGCUCGGUGAAGGGGAAGAAAAGCCAGGGAAGCUGGAAGAACUUCUUCACGCGGAAACAGAACCCCAAGAGUAAACGGAAAGGGAGCGCCCCCAAUCCCGGCUCAUUCUACGCUCAAACAACGGAGAAAGCACUGACAGAGGAUGACAUCGCAGUCAGACGGAAACUGCGCACAACAAAAAGUGUUGAUUCCAUCAUCUCGAUUGGGUCAAUGUCCGGCCGGGAGAGGAUGUCACCAAGAGAUUCUGCCAUAUCAUAUACAGAGAAUGGCGUCAUCAACGUCAACAUGCUCCAAAUGGAACGUAAGGUGCCCUUAACGAUGAGUGCGCCUGGGCGUAAGGUUCAUAAGCGGGCCAGAUCGUUACCCGAGUGUAGUUUUGAGAAAAAAAUCACGAUGAUAAUCGACGACACGGAUGAUGAAAAUGACGUCAUGCAUAAUGGCGAUGUUUUUGUUGACGACGACACUGUGUUUGUUGACGUCCAUGCGCAAGGUGACGACAAGUUGACCUCUGACCUCGGUGACAUCAUGAUCGCACAAGCUGCCGCGGAGAUCGCUGGGAAAACACAGCUGAUGACGGCAAAUGAGGAGAAGAUGAUUGAUACGUUGGAUCAUGGUGGGUCGCCGGAGAUGCCAGGCUUGUCUGCGUCUGCUCCCGUUACCCUGGGCCCCCUCUCCAUGGAGAUGUCCAUAGAUGACCUCUCUCUCACCUGGAGCGACUUCUCGGGUCAGCAGGACAUGCUCUCACCAGAUGGCGAUGGCUUUGAAUCAUUCUUACGCUCGGUAACCGGUGGCGACGCUACACAUGAUAAACAUGCUGAAACUCAUGUGACCUCACCAAGCAAACGAUCAGGAUCUAUGACAAGUCUCGAUCACCUACGUCUGCCCCCUGGUGGUAGCUAUCAGAAACUACAACGAUCGCCGUCAGAUGAUAUCUUCCCGAUGGAAAUCACUGAAACAAUGGACGAUAAUGAUCAACCAAACAAUGAUUUAGUAUUAACUGCUAAGUCUCAAGCACAGCAUAAUGUCCGCGUGCGAAGUUACUCCUCGAGCGCACAUUGGGCACAAAAAGACGAUGAUAUUACUGAUGAUUCAGAGAAAUGUCCGCCAGAAAAAACAGUCUCACCGUUAUCGCGGCACCUGAGCUUGCCAUCAGAUAUUGAGCGGUCACUUGAGACUAUGGUUGAUCAAGACUUUGGGUCGGACGUGUUGUCCUCAUGUACGCCAAGUGAUGCUGAGCGCACCCUUGCCAAAUCUCUCGAUGAUCAACAUCUAAUUCAAGUCACUGCCAUCGUCCAUGAUGAGGGCGUUGCCAUAGAUACACCCUCACCAACGGACGAGCCCAGGUAUGACUCACAUAUUCCUGGAGCUGACUCGGGACUGUCGCACGGAAGUGAAAUACAUCAGAACACAAAUGGGACCACUGUGGAGAGAGAAUCACAAGGUGUUGAACAAAGGACUACUUUAGAGUCUGCGUUUGGUUCGCAUGUGACAGAUUCUGGUUACGCCUCCUCUCUACCAAUGUCAACACAUCUGGUGCCGUUCACCCCUGAUACGGAUACGGAAGUCGAUCUGGAAACAGAAAAAUCAAAAAACAAUAUGAAUAUAGGCGAGGGUAUGUUAGACUCGAUUGGUGAUCAGAUCACUAGUGAUUUGAACGAGAUGGAGUCUCGCCCCGUCCGUAAGAGUCGCAGUUAUGAGAAAGCAAUCUCAAGCGGUGAAGGUUUGGAUUAUGAGUUCAGUGACACUGAGUCAAAGCGUGCGAGCAUGCUCGAGGAUGUUGAGGAGGUUUCAGAGAAUUCCUCGAGUACCGUCACAGAUGUCUGUGUGGAAUCAGAACGUCUCAAUUCAGGGAAAAUCUUUGUGAAGGAGAAAGGUUCAAGGUCGUCUGUCAGCGAUCAGGAAAUCAUCAUCGAUUAUCCACCAUUACAGGGUGAAGCUAAAGAUGGUAAUCAGGAUGAUAGCACCAUCGUUGGAGAUCAGGCCAGGUCUGAAUAUGUUGAGUGUAAGACGGGAAACUUCCACAUGGUUGAACGGAGACAGUCAGCCGGUAAGGAUGCAGCAGAAGGUACUGUUGAUCACAAGGAUAACUUUGAACGCUCGUUUGAAGAGACUCUCGACUCCCUGAGUCCACACGAUAAUCGCUUCUCACUUGAGAUGGCAGACCUUUUACCCCCAGGUCAAGAAGGCAUUCAGAUGAAUGCAGAUGUCGGUGAAAGUGAUGUUGACAACCUGCCACCGUCACAGAAGGUUGCUAAGAAACCACUUGAGAAACAAAAGAGUACAGAAUCUGAACCUAUCCGCGGUGUGUUGGAGCGCAAAGGUUCCAAGAUGUCAUGCGCUACACCAUCAAGUAUCUCACCUGAUCCCAUGAGUAUACAUCUCGUCGAUGAGAUCUGUGAAAUAUACGAACAAACAAAGCGCCAAUCUGGGUUGUUUGAGACUAGAACUGAAGAGGUGGCUCCACCUUAUGACAGCCCUGAACAUGACUUUCGAACUCUUCCUUCGAAACCGGGGGUGAAGAGCCCGGUACAUGAGGUGAGAGUUUUAGUUGCUGGUAAGCUGUCGUCAGAGUAUAGCCCGCCUGAGGAGGGCCCGGCCACAGAUGUGGAAGCUAUAUCAGAGGAAACGUCUACAGUCGAGGAAGACUCAACAACACCUGAGCUGGCUAUACUCAUCCCUGAUGAAGAUACGACAGCCUCCUUGGAAUCCCCCAUGGAUGACUUGGAGCCCUUUGCUGUAGAAGUGCGCCCGGAAGAUCUAGGUCAGCUGAAAGAAGGCAGUUUGAAUCUUGAGGUUUCUGUGGAAACAAAGACGAUACCUGAAUGUGAAGUUGAUGUAGUUGAUGCGCAGUAUGCUGAACAGUUGGAGGAAUCGUUAGAUGUGUUAGAGGAGACAAGUGAUAGGUGGCGUCGCUCAGGAAGUCAAGAAGUUCAUGCAGAACACGUGGCUACGCAUCGUCUUUCAGCAGAAUUGGAUCAGAUGUUGGUCGAGAAACGUGAUGACGAGGUUGCACUGGAAAAAAUCAUCCAAACCAUCGAACAUGCAGAGACUGUUCUGGACGAAGCUGCUUCUCAGAUGGUAUCUGAGGAUGAGGUCUCAGUCACCACAGAACAGACUGAGGUCCCUGGGUCGCCGAGUCCCGGGACGUCUGAGGUAGAAACACCGACGGCAGAACCAGCAGUCGCACCGAUGAAGGGAACAAUCACUGCUCUGAUUGAACCUGAGGACAUAUCGCUUACAGCAAGUUUUGAUUCGUUUGAAUUAGAUGCUCCCAUGAUGCCCUCUGAGACGACGUCCAUGGCGACGAUACCAAGUCCCGAUAUUGUUGCACCGAAGGCCGAACCUGAGGACUCCUUGACACCGAGUUCUGAAUCUCCUGAAGAUGGUACACCCACCAAGCAAGUAUAUGAAGUCACUCCUGGGCCUCUGGUCAUAGAACAUGAAGAGGUCACUACUGAAACCCAGCCGAAAUCUCAGGAUGUCGCAGAAUCUGUCAAACCAUCAGACACACAGCCCAUGCUCAACCAAGCAGACAUUAUGUCUACCAGCCUACCCCCUAUGCAUUUAGAGUACGAUCACCAUGACAACAAGACAACGUCUGCUCAUGAAACUCAAAAACCUGAGCCUGAGUUUGUCAAGGACGUUGAGGUAAGAUCUGAAUCACUGCCAAGGAAAUCAUCACGUCUGCCACAAACACAGGAGGAGUCCAAGCUACCAGUUCCUGUCAAAACACCGCCAUCUAUACCAAAACGUAGCAAGUCACCGACCUCCAUCGUUAAUCAGAUUGAUUGGAUAUCUCGGGACAGAGCAAAGUCGAAAGAGAAGGAAGUUCCAACCAAAGUGGAAGGUUUGUCAAAGUUUGGUUUCCGGGAGAAGACGGGUUCUGAGAGUGGCGAGCGCCGACAUUCACGCUCACAGUUGUCAUGGGAACGAUGUGCAGAUCCUGAGUCGAAACCUUCCUGGCAGAAAUCACCAGAGCCUGAGAAGGUGACGCGGCCAUCGUGGAAAAAGUCCCCAGAACCUGAGAAAGUUGUGCGGCCAUCUUGGCAGAAGGCGCCAAGUCCUGAACCAGAGCAGGAACCCAAGGUACAGCAGCAACGGUCACCAGAGCAAGAAUCACCAACAGACAAAACUGAUCCCGUACAUCCGGAAUGGAAACCAAGAGAAGCCAUCAGGUUAUCCACGUCCCGGUUCAAGAACGUGAAGCCGCUAUUGAGCUGCCUCGAUCCUGAGGAACAUGAGUCGUUAGCUCCGCUCAUAACAUCACCACCACCAGGGGGCGUGGCACCUUUCCAAGACACUGCUGAUAAAGAUGAUAGUACUGAUGACGUCUUCCUGCCAAAACAAGAAAAACAACCAACUGAGAAACAGCAACCGACCGAGAAAACAUACAAAAUCUCAGCGUCUGAUAUUUUAUCCAAAUACUCCGAUGAUUCAGUGUCACCCUCUGCUGGAAGAAGAGAUUCUGGAUCUCGUCGUCCUCUGUCGCGUGGAUCUUUUGAUGGUGAACGCCAAACUCCGAGUCCGUCAAAGAGAGUUGAUGAGCCGUAUUCCACACGCAAGUUGAUCCAACCUGGUUGGACUUCAAAACGAGAGGAAAAGGUUAAACCUCAAGAAUCUGCCUUGUCGGUGGAUACAAGUUCAGUGGAGACUUCUCAUGAACCUGUGGUCUCCCCAAAAGAUGGCUUUAAACCUCGAGAGAGGAUGCAGCUGAGCUCAGCACGAUUUUCAAGUUUGAGUUCGUCGUUGACUGGUGUGACGUUGGAUAAACUGCGUGAACCAAAGAUGUUGAGUAAGGAAGAGAAGGAAGAGCAAGCUCAGGCACGUCUGUCGUCAGGCUCCAUGUCUGCUUCCUACCCUGCUGAUCCAUCUGCUGGUGUUGCUAGGAUACGAAGAUCAAAGUCGUCUGCCUCUGAUGAAACUAUUGAGAAAGCAGACGCCCCAGCUUCUGAUUGGAAAGGGAAGAAAUCUCAAUCAUUUGGACAAGAAUCUGAACCUGUUGCCAUGGAAACGUCGCGGUUACCAAGAUUAGGGAGUAAAGAUGGAUCAAAGUCAAGGUCAGAUCAUGCUCAUAAUGCUUUACAUGCGAAACAACUGAAAACAGCGGAAAAACUGUUUAUUGAUGAAUCUGAAUUAGAAAGUGACAUUCCUGGCGAGAAAUCACAAGACGCACAGACUGAAAACACCGAAAAGAAAACUGUUGGAGUGAAACGGAAAAAGAGCGUGCGAGAACUUUUGUCCAAGUUUGAGAGUGGGGGUGAAGAUGAGGGUGAACAGAGUGAGGUUGCCAUGGCAACUGAGGAGGUCGUUGAGGACAAACACAGAUCAGUGCCUGCAGUUUUCCAGAAGCCAAAAAUCAUACGACUUCGGUCGUUAUCUCCGUCGAAAGAUAGCCCACUUCUCUCGAGUAAGAAAUCUCCAGAAAUUGGCGAUAAAAAAGAUGGUGAACAUGAAGUCAUGGAUACGAGUCCAAAAUUCCAGCGGUCGAUAAGUCAAGGUGACUCUUACUCUAGCGUUCAAGGUCGCCAGAGAAGUCCAAGGUUAUCGCCACGGAGUGAUUCCGAUGAUGCAAAACAUUCAACUGAAAAAGUUAGUCCAAAACUUCGCCCGAAACCAAGUCCAUGUGAAAUAGAGGCUGCUAAGUCACGUCAUCGUGGCAGUGAAGGUGAAGGUGUUGACAUAACUGACAGUGAUAAAAGUCCAAACUCUAUCCGUAACCGCCUCAAGUUGUUUGAUACAUCCUCAACUGAAACUUCAAAAAUAAGUCCCGACUUCUCACGUUUUCGACGAACGAGUAAAGAUGGUGAAGAAAAGGACGCUGAUUUGUCAAAAUCUAAAAUCGCCAAACCUAGCGCUACAUUUGCUUCACGGAGUCAAUCACAACAGUUUGAAAAGGACCAAAAGGAGGAGCUCGCAAAACAAUCUCAUUUCCGCCACAAAAGUGACAUGUCGGACAAAGACUCAAUUUAUGCAUCUCAUGACAAAAAUCGCAGUGAAAGUGACAGCGAUUCUGCUGAAUUUAAAAGCCGGUUACAGCAGCCGCAAGUUCGGACUGAAUCUCGUCUGAGUAAGACGUCGAGUCGCGAAAGUGUUUCCAGUUCAGGAAGUCGCGGCUCUAAUCGAAGUCUCGGUGAGAAUGAAGCGGACUCUGCGCAAAACGUGAAAGAAAAGUUUCAAAUUGAAUCGCGUCGACUGAAACCUGCCACGGCGCCCGGCGAGCAGGCGAAGCGAGAAAGUUCUAAUUCAUGGUCAUCUCGCCGCAUCAGUGGUGACGGCCUGCAGAGGAAAGGCAAUGGUCAGUCGGAUAAUAACACAGUUACUAUGGUUACACCAGUUGCCGUAGUAACUGAAUGUCUACAACAGAAGAAGUCACCAGACGACAAACCGGCAGCGGCUAUGUUUGGUGUCAAGCUGCGCAAAACCAAACGUCUUGAUCCAGAGACUGCUUCUUAAUCUUAUGACCUUUGGUGACCUUGGCUUGUUUUGUAUAUAUGGGGGGGGGGGUGUUUCUAAGGAUGUCUGUGACUAUGUCAACUUCAUACGGGGCUGGGUGUUUACUACGGCAUAGUCAAUGUCCUGUUCAUGUGGCCUUCAUGGUUUUACACAUCUGGGGAAGGGUGGUGGGGGGGGGGGGGUUUAUGAAUUCUGAAGCAAAAUGUAACGCAACAAAAAGCUAAACAAUUUUCUGUGUAAAGAUGUUCAUUGUGGGCUGCGUUCGUUCCUGGGAGAUUAGUCAAACUUGUUGACAUUUUUCUAUGAGUGUUUUAUUGUAAGACAGAAAACAGUGCAUUUAUAUCAUAAAGAAAUAUACCCGGUAACCAAGGAGAUGUAGUAAUGGUUUGACUGGACAUUGAUGUACGGUUCAGAGAUCCUGUGGUGGAUUGCUACAUACACACGAGAAGUAGAAACGAAGUUGGUGUAUAUUUUGUGAUGCGUGCAAAAAUCUGUCUUGAUAAAGGCCAAGAGGGACUCUGUGUUCAUCAGUGCCAGUCGAGCUAAAUCAUUGUGCUACUUGAAGUGAAUGUGCCUACAAGGAUUAUGAGCCCAGGUGCCAUCUAUCCCAGUAUGCCUCUGAGGUCUUGUGGUUAGAAAGUACAGUACAGCUCAUGUCAACAUCAAUGACCCUUUAUAUCUUCUAAAGUACUGGACCGAUUUGAAUGUAGUUUGUGCAGGGUCGUCACAAAUCUUGUUGUCCAUAUGAACAUUAUGAUUACAAUGAAAUAUGUUGUUGUCUUCAUUAUGCAAUGGACCAUUUUAAAAAAACGAUGGCCUUGUGCAAACUGCCUUGAAAACGGUUGAAUAGUUUUGGUGAUGAUGAAUUGUAGAUAUGAACAUGAGCUCGACUCUUCACUGUUGAAUGUAAAUAACGUCUUGUAUUCAAUCUUCCUAUCCGUCAUUCAUUUUAUAAAUAUCCGGGCAGGCGAACAUUGUGUAUGCAAAUUAUGUCCAAUGCAUUAUGGGAUCAGUGCGUGUUUUCCCUCGUUAUAUUCAAAUGAGGUAUGAAGUGUGCAAAUGUACAAUGUUUAAUUUAUUCAUAGAGACGAACCUGAUGUAGAUUGAGUGCCCCCUUGUGGUCGUAUGGGGCACUAAAGGUUCGAUGCAUGCUUCUUGAUUUGGUGCUUAUCGCUUUGGUUAUUUAUACAUUUUAAACUGGUUUAUUUUCUUGGAUACGACCUUCAUCUCGAUUUCAAGGUCACAGACGUGUUUCUUGUAGAUACUUUAGAUAUCAACGAUUCUAAGUGCUAUUGUGUGGGUUGGGGGGAGGGGGGCAGGGAAACAGGAAUCCUGGCUUUGACUUCUCAUCUUAUUUCGCAAUCAAGUCGACCUUGUAAACCAGGAAAUAUUUGCAUUUUGUUGAAUUCUGUCGGUAGAUAUCUCUGGGGUAACUUUCUGAAACAGUCCGACCCUCGUUGAACUUCAGACCUCCACCUCCUGUGUUCAGACUUCUCAAGGUCAACAUAUCAUUAUGACGUUCAGAAUCAAGGUCGACCAUGUGAGGGGAUUUCUCAUAAAACUUGAAAUGAGGAAACAAAAUUUUAAUGAAUUUUUAGGAUUUGAUUUUUGAGGUGCAGAAUCUUGAUUUAUAUCUGGGUCACAUUUUAUCCACGAUAUUUGUUAUAUCUGCCCUGUUAUUUUCAGCAUUUGAGUUCAUAUUUCUGGUCAUGUAAAGCUACAACGAGGAAAUAAAGCCAAAUUUGAUAUAAAAACA